UCUGACAGUCAGACCGUGUGAACUCUGACGCUCCUCGAAACCAAACCCGAAUGCUCGAAACUCGCUAAAUAUUCGCCCGUACAAGCAUGGCGACCGACUUUACUCAAGACUCGGUGCUGCGUUUUAUCCUUCAGAACGAAGGAAACGUGAGAAACUCUGAACUUCUGGCGUAUUUUACGGAGUUUUUGCGAGAGCACGAGGACCGCGCGCGUAACCGCGAGCUGUUUAAAAGGUACGUGAACGCCGUGGCGACGGUGAAGCAGGAGGACGGAGUUUCUUAUGUCGUUCUGAGGAAAAAAUACAAACCGCAUCUUGGGGACAUCUCCAGCAGCACGGCUGACUUAAAAAGUCGUGCUGAUAAGAGGCAGGACGGUGCUGGACAGAGCAAGGUAGGAGAAUUUGCUCCCAAAUCCACCCAGGAUGAGUUUUACAGUCUGAAAGCUCAAGUUCCCAACACUGAGCACAUUCUACAUUCUGUGGGGAUUGUAAAUAACAAUUACAUUAAUAUUGCAAAUUUGGACCAGCAUGUCAAAACCUUUGUGACUAAUCCAUGGGAGGAAAGGGUUUCCUCUAUUCCCAGAAAUGAGGGAUUUGACAAUACAUGCCAUCUGCACGGAGCUCCAUUAAACACAAAGCUUUUAAGUGGGAGAGGUCCAAGCUUUGAGCGGCCCUUGAAAGCUCCUGAUCCAAAACACACUACUGUUCAUAAUGCCAAAUGUAGACAAUUGCAAGAAACAGAUGACUGCACUCAGAAGUCCUUUUGUCCUUCAGAUUAUCCAAACUAUGUGGUCAGUGCGACGCCUCCGCCCAAGGACGUAGCACACGAGUGCACGGACGCUUUCCAGUCGUUUGACCAUGCUUCAUCAGAUGCUUGGCCUUUUCCUGUCUCCCUUGGACAGUCUCAGAACUCUGCCUCCACUCCAUGUUUAACUGACAUCCCCACUGCUCCCUCAAUCUCCUAUAAACGGGUAAGCUUGAGCCGGAGUAAUGACAGUCUUCUCAAACCAGAUUUAUAUAUCCAUGAACCGGAGGACUAUGAAAAAACAGCAGCAGCUCCAGUCAGCUCUGCUUUCCAGAAGGGUGGCACGCCCACGGAAACCUCUAACCCACCUCUGGCCUCUGGGUACCUAGAGCUCAGUCACCACAAACACCUGUCCUCCAGCCAGAACAGCCUCUCUCAGGCUUCCUCUAUAAACUCUGACGGUGCAGGGGCACUUUCCCAGGAAUACUGGUCCAGUGAGAAUGCACUGAAUCAUCAGGGUGGUGAGCAGAAUCAGCCUGGCACUGGACAUUUUCAUGAGGUCGGGUUCCCCUCACUGUUACAUAGCGCAGAACUUCAGGGUGCGACCUGGCAUCACUCUACAGGGCACCUUCUUGACAAGGAACCUGUGCCAGGUUCGGCACCAGACAACAGACAUCUCAAACCCGUCGGCCGCCGGCUGUCUCAUCAUUUACGGAGCCGGAUGUGUCGAAGUCUGGGUGCAGAUUUGGACCAAGCGUUCCGCGAGGAUGCAGACGCAGCGCGUCUAAAACGACUGCAACGGAUUAAAUCUUUCCUUAAUGUCGCUUCUGUCUCCUCCAGUCGAGCCCACAGCCCCAUGGGCAGUUUGUCCCCUGCCGGCUCUCUUCACAGUUUGGGUCAUGACACAUCUUAUGCCCACAGGCACAUCCAGGUUCCUCUGGAGCCCCAGGAGCACGAGUGGUUUGUCAAAGCGGCGACAGGAACCUGGUCAGACAUCUACUCUCUUUUCAGGGAGGAUCCAAGCCUGCUGGCAAAGAGAGACUUUGUGUCGGGCUACACCAUCCUGCACUGGAUUGCCAAGCACGGGGACCACCGGGUGCUAAACACGCUGUGGUACGGCGUGACCAAAGCAGGGACAACACUGGACGUGAACACUAGGAGCACCUGCGGGUACACGCCUUUGCACUUGGCUGCUAUUCAUGGCCAUAAGAAUCUGAUGCGCCUCCUGGUUCACAAGUACAAGGCCAAUGUGGCCCUCAGGGACAACAAUGGAAAGCGGCCUUGGCAGUAUUUAGCGAAGAACGAUGACCAAGACUUGCUGGAUUUACUCGGUGCCCCAAAGGGGAAGCUUGGGGGUAAUGUGGGAUUGGAGUGGCACAUAGAUAAACCACCUGUAGUACCCAUAAUCAAAUCAUCAGGAGCUACAGUGAAAAGACACUCGUCGCUUGCGGCAUUAUUCAAACAUAAAUCUAAUCUAAGAGUCUCGGCCACUCCCGAGUCCUUCAUUUAAAAUACGUAACAGUUUAUUUAAUGGGUAAAUCAUCUGAUAAUAAGCUAUUGUACAGACCCAGGAAAACAGUUAAAGUACUGAUUCUGAAGUGUGUAGUGUCUCAGGACUGAUUAAUAAUAAUUAAACUGUAAAGGCAGUUGCUUGGGGUUUUGUUUUGAAAAAUACAACAUACCACUUGUUCCUCAUUUAUUUCAUAUCGGGACAUUUAAACAAAAGGUUGAAUGUUUAACAGUUCACUUUUGGGAAAUUAAGCAGGCCGUAUGUUUAUUAUGCACAGUAUAUUAAAUGUUGGUUGCAUUUGAUAUCAUGUGUUGAACUUAUUUACAGCAGUACUGUUCAACUUGUCAUCUUUUCCUUCCCAGAGAAUGGGCCUAAAGGGAAUUGUGUGCAUGUUGUGUGCCAGGGCUUUUGUGCCAUUUCUUUAGUCACUUCAUGUCUCUGCACUUACUAUUUAAUUCUACGUUUUACGUCUGUAAUACUGCCACCUGAUAGGUCUGAUAUUUUAGCAGGGUAAUGUGUUUGCUCUGACCAAAGCUAGCCCUACAACUGUCCACCUGCUUGUUUCUACACUCACUGUCCAUUUUAUCAGCUCCACUUACCAUAUAGAAGCACUUUUCCAUCUGUUUCUCUGCAUAACUUUUUAGCCUGCUUUCACCCUGUUCUUCAAUGGUCAGGACCCCCACAGGACCACCACAGAGCAGGUAUUAUU